CACGCACGUUUGAAUACUUCGAACGUCUCCUGGCCGACGUGUUUGGCCAUUCGUGGAAAUUUACUGCCGUCGAAAAUUCCUCAUAUCCCGAUUUUGCUCGAGAAGAUUUCUCAAUACGCAUCACUGCCCAAUUACGAGGUAAAUCGCGUGAAAACCGUGCAGACUAUCGGCGAGAUCGUUCCCGGUACGGCGCGAAUUUGCGAGUUGCGAAGUGUCUCACCCGAUUGCGAAGCAACAGUUAUCCUCAGUCUGGAGACACUUCCUGUGAACGUCGUGUACCUCACCGACCAGCAGGGAAGGCAUCUGCCUAUUUGGGAAAAAUCCCGUGUCUUCAAAGUUUACGGCACGUUGCAACAAAAGGGUAAUAAAGUGAUAUUGGUAGCCGAUAGACUGCUGAAAGUUCAAGAUCUGUACGGCAGCUUGAACACACUGACUUUGCUGUCCAAAGUGGCUCGUCCUAUGUAUUAUCAAUACAAGAAGUUGAAAUAAGGCAAGAGCAUUGGUACAAAUUGACAUACAUAUCUUCCUGUAUUUUACUGUUUUUAUGUUAAGGAGAAAUUGUGUCGCUUUGAUAAGACAUUUGACACACAAUCGCAAUAUGAAUGUAUUCACGCAGUGUCUGAAUCCUUUAACUGGAAUUGCCACGUGGCAGGAGCAAGAUGAGCACUACGACUAUCACCAAGAGGUAGCCAGAUCUGCGUUCGCAGAUAUGCUGCACGAUAAGGAACGUAACAAAAAGUAUUACAUCGCCUUGAAAAAUGCCAUAGAGAAUGUGCACAGAACAGGUCAGAAAGCUAAUGUGCUGGAUAUAGGCACUGGAACUGGAUUGCUGGCAAUGAUGGCAGCUAAGUGUGGCGCGGACACUGUAACGGCAUGCGAGGCUUUCACACCGAUGGCCAACUGCGCCGCGCAGAUCAUAGAAGAGAAUGGUUUCGCGGAUAAAAUCAAGUUGAUUCGCAAACGUUCCACAAAAAUGACCGUUGGCAAGGACGGCGACAUGCCAAAGAGAGCAAAUAUUCUAGUCACUGAAGUGUUCGACACGGAAUUGAUCGGCGAAGGCGCGCUGUUAACGUUCCGUCACGCGCACGAGGCUCUUCUCGAGAAAGAUUGCAUAGUCAUCCCGCACAGCGGAACAGUGUGGGUACAAGUGGUCGAGAGUUCGAAAGUCAACGCGUGGAAUCGAGUGAAGCCCAUCAAGAUCGAAAAAGAUCUGAAGCUAGAUGCUCCGUCGGCUGUUCAAGCGUGCUCCGGUGCUGCUGCAGUGCACGACAUGCAGCUGUCUCGUUUACCUCCCAACUGUUUCGUAGCUUUACUGCCACCUCAACCUAUUUUCAAAUUUGACUGGUCCAACGAGGAAUCGUUACAGUUUAAGGACCAAGUUGUAUUGCAGGUGCAAUCGAUAGCGUGCGGGACCGCGCAUGCGAUUUUCAUGUGGUGGGAUUUGAACAUGGAUAAAGAAAAUCGGAUAGUGCUGAGUUGCGCUCCCGUAUGGGAACAUCCGGACGUCCCCGACGUCGUGAAGAGUCAAAAAGACACAUCGUGUUUGCUGGAGAUGGCGGAUUUGAUACCUUGGAGAGACCACUGGAUGCAGGCGGUCUACUAUCUGCCGAGGGAGGUGCCCAUCAGACGCAACGAAGAUAUUAGUCUCGUCGGCUACCACGACGAGUAUUCUUUCUGGUUCAAAUUGUUAAACAAACCAAUAAAAGACGUUCCAGAAUGUCCCAGACCUAUAUGCAGCUGCGACAUGCACAUCGCGUACUCGCGGACGCGUAUCGGCCAGUUGAACGACAAAGUUCGUAAUAACAAAUAUAUACAAGCUCUGCGCAACGUCAAAAAGGACGUGUGUCUCUGCUUCUCGGAUGGAUGUCUGCUGGGUCUCGCGCUCGCGAAGAGCGGUUCGAAGGUGUUUUUGCUGGAACAGAACUUCUUGUCGCGCAAGACGAUGGAGAAGUUCGUGGAGGCGAACGACAUCUCCGAACGGGUGACGUUCAUCGAUUCGAUCGACGAUCUGCCGAAAGGGACCUGCAACGAUCUCGAUUUGAUCUUCGGCGAGCCGUACUUUCUGAGCUCCAUCUUGCCCUGGGAGAAUCUGCGAUUCUGGUACCUCGCGUACAAGCUCCCCGAGCACAUCAGGCGGAUGCCGUGCGCGGCGACAAUCAGAGGCCUUUUCGUCGAGUUCAAGGACUUGCAGAAGAUAAGAGCGCCUCUCGGCGUUUGCGAGAGUUUCGAUUUGUCCUCCUUCGAUGAACUCGUGCAAAACUCCAGCGAGAAAAGUGACAGUCCGAUAGAAGCGCAGCCGCUCUGGGAGUAUUCCUGCAAAGCGUUAUCCAAGCCGUUCGACAUCGCGAGAUUCGAUCUCUCGCGGACCAUCGACCUCGACGAGCACAUUCGACUGAAUGGCGCUGUUCCGAUCGAAGAAGACGGUCUGUGCAACGGAGUCGCUUUGUGGGUGGAUUGGAAUUUGCAUCUCAAUUGUAAACCGGUAUCGUGCGGUCCGAUUGAAGAAGUGAUACCCGGCGAGCAAGUGUCCUGGGAUCCGUACACCAGGCAGGGCGUGCAUCUGUUUCGUAAUGUGUCCAGAGUUACGAGGAAAAACUUGUUUUGGUGGUCGUUUUCCUUCGGUAUAAGACACGGCGAAAUGAAAUUCGAUUUUAGCGAGGUGACGAAAAAUUGAUCGAGAUGUAUAUGUUUG